GCUACAUGCAAGGCACAUGGUUCAGACAGCGAGUAUUUCACCGUGUACACCAAAAUCGUAUAAAAGCUUCCAGCUGAAACUGAACCGGGCAUACAGCCAUACAGCUACACUUCGCGUAAGAUAGCAGUUACAGAAAUCUACCACUCUCUGUGUGAAUUUCAAGAUUAAAACUGAAGUUGUUUAAAGAAAGCGGAUCUAUAAACCAUGGUCAUCGUAACAGCGGCGGCAACGGCCGCCAUGGCCGGAGCAACAGUGUUGUCCGGAACAACCCUUGCUCUUGUCUUCAGCACAAUCUGUCUGAUUGCUGUGGUCAUCUCGAUGACCCAUCAGCAUCAGCAUCAUCGGCACCAUCAUCAUCACAGGAGACUUGCUAACUUUCCAGGAGGACCCCACAGGGUACCUCUCCUUGGAAACAUCCCAAUUUUGGCCAGCACCGACACACCUUACGUAACAUGUACAGAGCUAGCCAAGAAGCAUGGCGACAUCUACUCCUUGAAGCUUGGUGAUGAAUGGUUUCUAGUACUGAACUCAACAGAAACAAUCAGAGAAGCCUUCUUAGAUUUUAGCGAGGAGUUUGCCGGCAGGCCUAUGCUCUACUCAACCGACGCGCUCUCUGAGAAUUUUAAAGACAUUUCCUUCACCGAUUACUCACCGGAGUGGGUUCAUCAUCGAAAAUUCUUCUCCUCGUCUUUAAGGAGUUUUACAGGAGGCAAUAGACUUGAAGCCAUCGCACACGAACGUCUCGGUGAACUGGAGAAAUAUCUAGAUGCGCGUCUUGGCCAGGAGGUCUACGCAACCACAGUAAUUGAUAUCGCCAUACUCGGUAUCCUCACCCAUAUAUCAUUCGGUUACGAAAAUGACGACAUACACGAGCAGAUGAUGAGAUUGAUUCCUGGUGAUGUAGCGAUGCUUGUGAUUGGUAAACGCAUGGCUGUGGAUGUAUUUGCCUUCAUGAAACACGUCUCAAGAAAAGAGAAGAAAUUCAUCAAGGCAGUCAGUGCCCAGUUCAAUGGCCUCAUUAAUGCAGAGGUGCAACGUCAUAAGGAGACCUUUGACCCAAUGAACACCCGAGACAUGAUAGAUGAGCUGAUAAAGUCACAGAAAGAAGCGAAGGAUAGCGGCGAGAGCGAUCUGGACUUCUUCUCGGAUACGCACCUGGCUCAGACCAUUGGAAACAUCCUCGUUGGAGGCGGCAUUGGAACCACCCAUUCCAGCUACUGGGCAAUGGCUUGCAUGGUUGAAAACCCCCAUCUUCAAGAGAGGGUAGCUGACGUCGUCGAGGGCGCUGUUGGCCAUCACCGUAUGCCGUCGCUGAGCGACAGGGGCGCCUUGAAGUACAUCGAGGCCGUUGCCAUGGAGGCACUGAGAUUCGCAUCUGCUGCUCCCAUUGGUGUUCCCAGGAAGGCAACCUGUGACGUCAAUUUCCGUGGUUACAAGAUUCCAGUGGGAACGCCAGUGUUGUACAACAUGUAUGCUGUCCAUUUUGACGAGAAGAACUUUGAGGAACCCUUUCAGUUCAAACCAGAGCGUUUCAUCAAGGAAGAUGGCAACAUCAAACACUCUCAGAGUUUCAUGCCUUUCGGCGUUGGCCACCGUCAAUGUCUUGGUAAGACACAGGGCGAAACCAUUAUGUAUCUUGUCUACGCUUGGCUCUUCCAGAGGUACAUCUUCACCAAAGUACCGGAGAAUGAACACCAGUCGCUCCUCGUUCAGAAUCCAGAGAUACAGGCUGCGCGCUCUCCUAAACCAUUCAAAGUCAUUGUGCAUAAGCGAUAUUAGUGUCAUUUUUGAAAAUCCUCCAGUGUGUGGCCCGAUGUCAGGACAUGCUGACAGUAUUUGAGUUUUAUUUUCAUUGUCUUUAAGGAAAGGUACACGCUACUACGCGUGUUUGAGUAAAUCCUGCUUGGGGAAACGCGGGAGGUUUUUUUUUAUAAAAUUCCUUUGUCGAUGGCCCACUUGACUGAGUUAGAACGCUUGAUGAGACUUUGGGAAGUUUAUUAUACUGACGGUGCUAGAAAAUAAAUAUAUUAAAGAUUGUUUCUUCAUUCAGGAGACUAUAUCAUUUUCGUUUUAUAACAAAUCUUGACAUGUCGUGAAUAUUUAAUGAAAUAAAUAAUUGAGAUUUUGUUAACUAGUUCCAUGAGUAGGAUUUGAAACUGUGCACGGUUGAAGUGUUAUUAGUAAUUGUUUGCGGUAACAUUGUGGUUUGCUGUGGAUUUGUCAACCACCGGUUCUUUUCAUUAUUAUGUCAGGAUAUCAAUAUGUCGGAUGUCACUUCCAGAGGUCCGUACAAAAAAUAAUUUCACAUGGUGCUACCGCAAACUUCACCUAAAUUUAGAUAUCCAUGAAUUUGUGUAGAUGAUUUACAGUAUGUUAUAAGCGUGUGCUAAUAAACAAAUAUUGACUGCUUCGAGUGCUAUGGUUAAAACUAUGACUCCCGAGGUGAUCCCCGGAGCGUUCUAU